AUGGAUCAAAGCGAUGAGAUUAUUCUGGCGGAGAUGAGGCCGAAGAAGCGUGCGGGACGGAGAGUGUUCAAGGAGACACGUCACCCAGUCUACAGAGGAAUACGGCGGAGGAACGGGGACAAAUGGGUCUGCGAAGUCCGAGAGCCGACGCAUCAGCGCAGAAUAUGGCUCGGGACUUAUCCCACGGCGGAGAUGGCUGCGCGUGCACACGACGUGGCGGCUUUCGCUCUGCGCGGGAGAUCCGCGUGUUUGAAUUUCGCCGACUCUGCUUGGCGUCUUCCCGUGCCGGAAUCAACCGAUCCCGAUGUCAUAAGGCGGGUCGCUGCGGAAGCGGCGGAGAUGUUCAGGCCAACGGAAUACGGUGGUGGGAUUACGGUUUUGCCCUCUUACGGCGAUGAAGUGUAUUUGGGUUCUGGUUCGGGUUCGGGAUCAGGAUCAGGAUCGGAGGAGAGGAACUUGUAUGGAGGAUAUGUGGAAGAAGAAGAAGAAGUCUCGACGACGAUGAUGAGACUAGCGACGGAGCCGUUAAUGUCGCCUCCACGAUCGUAUAUGGACAUGAAUCAUCACAUGACUGAUAAUGUUUACAUGGAAGAAGAGACGAGCUAUGAAGACAUGUCACUCUGGAGUUACAGUUACUAA